AUGUUUCUGAGAAGUAAGGAUACCUCCGCACGUGGAACAAUGAGCUAUAAGUGUAAUAUGAUGGUGGCUGAAGGCCUAAAUAAGGCUGAUGAAAAUGCUUUAAGAAAGGAUCAACCAAAGAAGGAAGGAUUGAACUCCAUCUUUUUCUAUUCCAAGAUUUUUGCCUGUUCCCUUUUGAUUUGGGCUUCACAAUGUUCCUAUAGCCAUACCGACUUUAGCAGUUCCCCCAAUGAGGCAUACACUACAGGAAGUUUAGAAAACGCGGUCUUCAACAGAAUUUUAGCUUCAAAUGAUCCACGUGGAAACUAUCCACCAAAAGCACAUGCAUCUUAUAUGGGUAUGGGAUCCCAUGAUGAACAGCAUCCUUCAACUUCACAUAAUGCACCACACCACGGAGCACAAAAUGGAGGAGCACCUUUGGAGUUAAAUAUCGACAUUGAAAAAAAAUUAAAAGACUUGAAAGAUGUCAUUUGGGAUAAAGUAGAAAAUGCAGUUGAUUGGGGAACUCUCUCAGAUAAUGUAAAAGGUUAUUUAGAAAAAAUCGACUCAAAUAUUGAAAACAAAAUUGUUAGUGAAGUCAACAAAGCCAACAAAGAUAGCAAUUUAAUGGAAAAUCCAGAUGCCAAAACUCAGAUAAUCAGUACCUUCUCCCAAAAUUAUACCAUUAUAACUCCACCCCUACUGUUAUUAUUCUUAUCCAUUUUGACAUCCGACAAAAUUAAGAAGCAUCUAGCAAAUAUUUUAUUGACAUCUCUUUUUGUAGCAAUAACUUAUAUUUUCUUUAAGCUGAAAAAAAUGGAUGAUGUUAAAAAAAAGAGUGCCAAUGAUCACGGAAACUCUAAGAACGAUGAGGGACACAAUGCUAAGAAAUCUAAGGAUAAAUUUAAAGGUGCCCAUGCGUAA